AUGCCCGAAAAGACCGAUCAUGAUGCCGUCGAGCGCGGCUCCAUCACGAACGGCGCUGUCACCGUGCAGACAAUGAAGCCAUUCACAACCCUCUCCGCCCUGGGCAUUGGCUACGGCACCACAAACACUGCCAUCGGCCUUUUGCUGGUUCUCGGCAGCACCCUUCCCAUGGGAGGAUCACCAUUGUUCUUCUGGGGCUUCCUAGUAAUGGCCCUCGUCGGCUUAGCAACAGCAACAACGCUCGCCGAGCUCGCCUCUGCCAUGCCUCACCCCGGUGGCCAGUACAUCUGGGUCCAUCGCCUCGCACCGCCCAAGUACAAGAGAUUCCUAUCGUACAUCACAGCAGUUAUCAGCUGGCUCGCCGCAGUAGCAACGGGCUCCUCCGCCUGCCUCUCCGUCCCCGUCGGCAUCUGCGGCAUCAUCACGCUCCUCGACCCGACCUUUGAGUACAAGAGAUGGAUGGGCUUCCUCGGCUUCCAGCUCCUCAACAUCGUCACGCUCUUUGGCGCGAGCUUCGAGCAAGCGCUUCCCAAAAUCUCAAAGAUCAUGCUACUCUUUAGCUGCACCACCAUCGUCGUGAUCUUCAUCACCCUGUUCGCGAUGUCGAAGGAACACGCCUCUGCCAAGGACUUCUUCGUCACGCAGAUCAACGUGUCCGGGUGGCAGAACGGCAUCGCGUUCAUCAUCGGCAUGAACGGGGCGAACUGGAGCUUCUCCUGCCUCGACGUCACCACCCAUCUGGCUGAGGAGAUGCCCCGCCCCAGCACCGACAUCCCGAAGGCGCUGAUGUGGACAAUCGUCGUCGGCCUGGUUUCGGGACUGCUGGUCGUCAUGUCGGUCCUCAUCAACGUGCCUUACCUCGACGGAGCCGACGACAACUCGGCGCUCGCCCUUUUCUACCGUAUCACGGGCAGCCAGGCCGCUGCUGUCGGGCUCUGGGUGCCUGUCAUGAUCACCACCAUUGGCGCCAUGUGGUCCAUCCAGACCUGGCAGUCUCGCCUUGCCUGGACGAUCAGCCGCGAGGCUGGUUUCCCGCUGCAUCAUCACCUCAGCAAGAUUGCGCCCUCGCCGCUGCAUACUCCACUCUGGUCGUUGAUAUUCUCAGCGUCUGGCACGGCCAUCUUUGGCUGUCUCUAUCUCGCUUCAGACCUCGCCUUCAACUCGCUCAUCUCCACCGGCCUUCUGCUCCAGUACAUCAGUUACAGCAUCCCCGUGGUUCUUGCUCUGAUGCAAGGCCGCUCCUCAUUCAAGCAUGGCCCCUUCUGGUAUCCCAAGCUCGGCCUCCUGGCGAACAUCGUCAUGCUCGCAUGGUCGGUAGUCGCACUCAUCUUCUACUGUUUCCCGUAUUACCUCCCUGCCCUAGCAGACGAAAUGAACUACGCCUCCCCUGUUCUGGUUGCUCUGGGAAUCAUCAUCUUGGGCCUCUGGUUCGGCUACGCAAAGAGGAAUUACGAGGUCAAGGAGUUCCUCGAGCACUAA